UUUAGGUACGUCCGGAGUGGAUGAGGAUUGGGAAGGGUACGCGGCGCGUUUCCAAUUGGUAGACCGCAUCGAUUGGCUUGGUGGGUCGGCGUUGGCCUGGUGUACCCUCUCUUAGGAGUCACUACGCUGACCUGCCGGAAGUGGUUACUUUCGUUGCUCCGGAAGAGACGGUGGCGGGCGGCUGGGGCCCUGGGGGGGGGGACGGCCCUGGGAGCAGGGGCUGUGGCGGUGAGCGGGGACCGAGCUGCGGCCGCUGCAGAACUGACAAGAAGGUGUUUUGUUAAAAUUCCUGUGGAAACAAAAUAUAAUUUCAUAAGGAGAUAAUGGAUGGAGAAGAGAAAACAUACGGCGGGUGUGAGGGCCCAGAUGCUAUGUAUGUGAAAUUGAUAUCUUCUGAUGGUCAUGAAUUUAUUGUAAAAAGGGAGCAUGCUUUAACAUCAGGAACAAUAAAAGCCAUGUUAAGUGGCCCUGGCCAGUUUGCUGAAAAUGAAACCAAUGAGGUUAAUUUUAGAGAAAUUCCAUCACAUGUGUUAUCAAAAGUAUGCAUGUAUUUUACCUACAAGGUUCGCUACACUAACAGCUCUACAGAGAUUCCUGAAUUCCCAAUUGCACCUGAAAUUGCACUGGAAUUGCUGAUGGCUGCGAACUUCCUAGAUUGUUAAAUAAAAUAAAUUAUAAUAAACUGUUAACUUUUUUCAGUAUUUAAUACCUGUAGUUCAGUUAGUAACUUUUUUCAUAUAGCAUGUUGUGUGCGGGGGGAUGGUGGUGGUUGAGAACUGUAAAGUUCAUUGCAAAGCAGAUACCUUCAGUCCUUUCUUUUGCAUAACAAUCAAAGUUGAAAUUUGUUUUGCAACUUAAAUAAAAUAUAAGGACAUUUUCACUAAAUGAGAAAUAAACAAAUAUGCCAAUUAGUAGAUGGCUAUGCCUUAUCCUUUAGAUGUGGUUUUAAAUAUUAGAACAAUGAUUAUAAGUAAGUACUGAAAUUUAGGCAAAUACUACAGGUUUAUACUGGCUAAGUAUUUUUAGUGGGGGGGGUGUUUUUGGACAGGUAGGAUUAACUUGAACCUACCAUAUCAUAGCUAUCUAGCAUUAUUAGUUAUGCAACUAUUUUGCAUUGUCAACUUCUGUUUAUAAAUAUGGCUUGGCCAAAACAUUAAUUUUUUAAAUAACUUUUGAAUACAUAAGAAUUGAUCUUAUGUGUCUUUUGAUAAAUUACAAUUGUGUUAGCAUAUCAAAGUGUAUCUGCAUAUCUGUUUUUGUCAUACAACUUAAGUGGUACUUUUCUUUUAAAACCAUUAUGGAAGAUUGUUAAGUAUAGCUUUUGCAGUCUUAAAUUUUUAAGAACUUCAGCCAAGUUGUCAAUAAAUAACCACAGUCCUAGAUAGCUUUGGCUCUGAAAACUUAGGGAUAGAUAUACAAUAUCCUUUUUGAACAAUCCAAAGUACUGUACUUAAUCAUCUAGCUAAGAAAGCUUCCUUUGCAAUUUACUUUACUUCACUACUUUAAUACAAACAUUACUUAAAUAUUAAAAUAAGAUCAUGGCAAAAUUUAUCUUGUUUCCUUCCCCCCCAUCCCAAAAGAAAACCACAAAACAAAAACUAGAGAUGGGGAAAAAAAGCAAUCAAAAUAAUCUUUUGGGGACUUUGUGUGGAAUUCAUGUCAAGAGCCUGGCAUAAAGCCCUUAAUGGUUUGUGGGUUCCAUUUUAUUAAUGGUCAAAUCAUGUCUUUGUAUGUAAUGGCUAUAUAGAGAAUGUUGCUAAUAUUAAGGAACAAAGCCUAUAGAUAACAGGGGUAAUAAUACCCUUUGAUUACACCAGUGUAAUAAGGCUUUUACUUAGUGAAAAUAAACAUUACUUUAAACUUUAGGAUUAUGAAGGACAAAUAACUUCAGUCAGGAUAUCUCUUUGCUAGGUAUGGAGUCAAGAACAUGAAGGUUGUUUCAGCUUCCUACUUUUCAAAUAUCAGAGAAUUAGUUACACAACUGUACAUUUAAAUACUGGUGAUUAGGUUAUUUUAGUUCACUCCAUAAAUUACCAAGAAAAAAAAUCAUCAGCAAACCUAAUCAUUUUGUUCUUAAUCUUGAUUGAAAAUAGUUGUUAAGUCUGUUUUAGUAAUUCAUUAAGACAAACUCUGGUUCAUAUACACAGUACUGAAGUAUUUACUAGUGUUUGCUUAUCAAGUGCAGGGAUUUUUAAUGCUAGAUGGUGACAAAAAUACCAAUUAUGUACAGAUAUGAUCUUAUAGGUCAAGAUGGUAGCAGAAACUACAUUUCUAAUGGGCUCUGUCCUAGUAGGUUACCUUUUUAACUCAUGGCUACAUUUGAACACAUCAUAAAAUACUAAAAAUUGAUGUCCACAGUUUAGUAUGACUAGAAUUCAGAUAAGGAAAGAUUAUGUAUUUCAGAAGUGGUACUGCAUGAUAAGUGAGAAAAUAUUUACUAAGGAAUAUGAGAUUUUGUAUUAUAUUUGUAGUCUGGACUUAUUUUCAAAAGCAUCAAAUUCCCCAGUUCACUGUUUUUAUUCUCACAUUAGGCAUUUUCAAUCAUCCUUGUAUAGCCAGAACAAUUAGGCAUUACGUGGUUUAAAUUAAGAGAUUUUAAUAGCUUAUAUAAUAUUCAAAUCUAUAAUUGUUUCUGAAAUUGAUAUUAGCUUAUUUUUGAAAUUCCAUUUAAAACCCUGCCAUAGUCCCUUUUCUACAUUGUAGCAUUGGCAGCACAUAGGAUUCUAUUAUAAAUAAAAUCCUUUACAGCAACAUCUGCUUAUGUUUCAUUGUCCCCUGAAUAUCUAAAUUAUGUAUUUUAGUUUGUGGGUUUGGGUGUAUGUUGUGCAGAUAUCAAAUGAGCAUCACAUGGGUGGCAGAAUCUCUGAAAUUUCAACACUAUUAAAAAAUAGAAUUUAUAAGCAGUUAAGCUCAGCUCAAAAAAUAGCAUGGUAUGGUGGAUGGAGAGCUAGCCUCAAAGCCAGGAAGACUUGGGUUUAAGACCUACCUUGCACACAUUAUAGUAGCUGUGUAACUUGAGACAAGUCACAAUUUGUCAGAAACCUAGGCUAUUCUCUAUAAAUUGCAGAGAAAGUGCCGGCCUUCACUGACAGGAGAAUUUCCUUACCUGGAAGUUCUCUAACAAAAUCAUAGGUCAUGGGGGGGCAGCUAGGUAGCGCAGUGGAUAAAGCACUGGCCUUGGAUUCAGGAGGACCUGAGUUCAAAUACAGCCUCAGACACUUGACACUAGCUGUGUGACCCAGGGCAAGUCACUUAACCUCAAUUGCCUCACAAAAAAAAAAAAUCAUAGGUCUAGUCCCUAUUCCUUAUCCCCUAAGCAACUCAUGCUGGUGGAUAGACUGAUUUUCCUUAGAAUGUAUACACUGUCCCAUUAAGCUUUAACUUUUAAGAUCCUAUCAAAACAGUCAUAUUACAUAUUUAAGGAAAAAUUCGUUCUAAGGAAGGUCCACUAAUUCUAGAAAUUUCUUUCCAGAAAGAUGUAGGAAAUGCUGGAUCCUUAAUACAAUAUAAGUUAAUAGGCACAGAUUGUUUCAUUUAUACCUAUACACUGUGAUGCUGAGCUUAAAUUGUCCAUAUCCAAUUUUGAAGUUGGAAUUGAAAAUUUUAAUGCUUGAUCAUUAGAGGGGCAGCUGAUUAUGAAAUUUUAUUUGAUAUGUAUAAAUCUAGUUUAAUUUUUAGACCACACAACUUUGUAACUUGUUAUGACUACAUUAAACUGAUUUAUAAAGAACCUAAUGGUUUGUUCAUUUGAACAAAUAAAGAUUUAGAUCAUGUGAGAGGUCAAAUGGUAUAGUAAAAAGAGCACUGGAAUGGUAGUACACUAGCCUAAGGGUUUUUUUAGGGGCCAGUUACUCUGUGAUGGUUUCUUGACUUGGUAGUGGUAUUCAUUAAUGUAUUAAGGUUACUAUGCCCCUUGUAACUUUCCAAUUCUCAAUGUGGUGAUGCCUCCUCCCCAACAACUAUGUACCCCAUACCUUUAUUUCUUCAGUAAACAAGCCAUUAGGUUCAAUGUGUGUAUAUGUCAUGCUAUAUGUAUGUAAAUCCAAAUUUGUAGUAUAAUUUAACUCAUUUUAUCUUGAUCACUUGUAAGUGGCAUAGAGUGGACCUCAUUAGUGAAGCUUCAUAUAGUCAAUACCCCCUUGUUGCUGCAUCUUCAUGAUUAAACAUUAGGUUUUGCAUGGUCCUUAGUAGCUAUAUUAAAGUGUAAAAUCCUUAGAACAAUUUUACUUACUGUUUUCCAGUUUCAACCCCAUCUGUAACAGUUAAUUUCAUCCUGUUAUCAUUAGUCACUGCAUUGUAAAGGGAUACUGUUCCCAUGCUCUGUCACACCAUUAUUUGUAAUGUCUAUUCAGCUUCAGACUAAUUUUUCCUUUUCAAUUUAGCAGCAAAUCUCUAUGGUUUUGUAACAAAUUGGAUAGCUUAAUAUUUCCCCCCUCGUGUGUGCCUCUAAUUGAAAGCAAAAAGAUAAAUUGUAUACUUCUGGAGCCUCACUUCAAUCUCCAACCACCUCCUCCCUCCCCUUAACACCACCCCCAUUCUUAAUUGGGAAAUAUUAAAAUAUGCAUUAGAAAUAGAACCACCUAAAUUACCCUACUAUAGCCAAAAGUUUUGUAUGCAUAUCAAAAAUAAUGUUUAUCAGGAUUUUCUUUUAUAAGAACAAAUAAGCCACAAGUACAUCUGAAUUAGAUUUUUUUUCCUCCUGAAAGCUUCCUAUUUGAAGACAACCCAUACUAAUCUGUGAACUUGUGUUAUAUUUGACUUAAACAUUUUGUAUGCUAAAGACCUCUCUUAUGAUAGGGUGUUAAUUCUAAGUUAUGAUUUAUAAUUAUUUAGAGAAGCUUGUGUGGAUGAUCUGGUUAAGCUGGCCAAGAGAAAAUUCAAAUGCAGGUAACUUUUUAUUCAAUAAAGAUCUUUUAAAACCUUA